AAAAAGUCGUUCGGGAUUCAAACCCUUCGAUCCCAAAUCUGCCCUGCACGCCUCGCCGCCGGCCACACCCCCGGCGGUCGUCGCCCUACCCGCCCUUCUCCUUACCUCUAACCCCGCCGGAGCCCAACACCUCCCCACCAUGCCGCGAAACUUCCGCAAGCGGGGCAUCGAGCAGGACACUGACGACCGCUCCGACGACGAGGACACUCGCCGCAUCGCCCUCGAGGAGAUCAAGUACAUGCAGAAGCUCCGGGAGAGGAAGCUGGGUAUCCCCGCCGACCUCGCCGCCGCAUCCACUAACGGGUCCUCCGCCCGUGGUCUAUUGGGCACCGGGGCAGCGGUCGCCGGUGAGGCCGAGAAGGAGGACCUCGUCCUCCAGGACACCUUCGCUCAGGAGACCGCCGUCACUAUCGAGGACCCCAACAUGUUGAGGUACGUGGAGACCGAGCUGGCGAAGAAGAGGGGUAAGAUGGUUGAUGUGGGACACAAGGAAGAGAUGGACCAUGUGGACGAGCUCUAUACCGUGCCAGACCACCUCAAGGUAAAGAAGAAGAACUCAGAGGAGAGCUCGACACAAUGGACAACUGGCAUUGCUGAAGUUCAGCUGCCUAUUGAGUACAAAUUAAGAAACAUCGAAGAAACCGAGGCGGCUAAAAAGUUGCUGCAAGAGAAAAGGCUUGCAAGAAAACCAAAACCAGAUGCAAACAUUCCAUCAAGUUAUAGUGCUGAUUAUUUCCACCGUGGCAAAGAAUAUGAUGAAAAACUGCGAAGAGAGAAUCCUGGGUUGUACAAAGAUAAUGAUUCUCGGCCAAGUGGAAAUCCAGGAGGCAAAGCAACAGAUACUAAAAAUCCAGAUGGUGUUGGUGCAGGACGGAGAGAAGCUGCGAGUGAUGAACUCAUGCUUCAGCGUUUCCGCAAACGAGAAAAAUUCCGCGCCCUUCGAAGAUAAGCCAGAGCUGACAGGUUGCUAGAUUGUGCCAGUUGCCUUUGAAGCUCAAAAAUAUAGUUGUGGCUGCAUAAAGUCCCAACAUAUCAUGUCCUUUUAGUGAGAAACUUACUGUAAAAUGCAUCCUUGGUUAUUGAGUCUGCUUCUGCAGCUGCUAAGGGCAAGGAGCAGAUUAACCUUAUUACAGAGGCGAUUUGGGGCAAUAUAUUUGAGCUGAGGGAUAUCUGAAUUUUGUGUCAGCUCUGAGGCUCAUAUAUUAAGAGGGGCCGCAGUGGUUCAGGACAUAGGAGCUCAUAACUUUCCAGAUGCUCAGAUCGUGCCAUGUUCAUCUGCAAUGGAAGAAAGGAAGGUGUGUUCUCCGUACAAAUAUAAAUGAACUGCUUCGACAUCUUGAGCAAACUCCAAGGGGUAGUGCGAAUGUCUGAUCUCAUUUUCUUUGGAGUGAAUGGCAAAGCCUGCAAAUUCAUCUUUCUAGUCUAGAAUGUAUUGUUUCUCUGAAUUAUUUGCAGUUUGCUGCAGUAGCAUCAGUUAUCUAGAUUUCUAGGGACGAGCAAUCUGUGAGUUGUUUUUGUUGCACUAUUGCUGCUUGCUUUGCCUUUACUAGUUCAAGUAUCAAUUCUUUA